GUCGCCGGCAGGAGAAAGGAGUCUGCGGUGUCGAGUGCAUCAGGGUGGUUGUGACGGCGGUGCUGUUUUGGACGUCACGGAGCCACGGAGGAGGAGGAAGAGGGGGAGGAUCAGCAGCCUGUGGAGUUCAUGAAGUGUCCGUAUCAAGAGAACUCACGACAACUCUGCAUCUGACGGCGGCUCGUAAAGGGAAAAGUACGACUAGCCAUGACUGAGGACGAGCACCCUGCAGUCACCAACUUCAGAGAGUACAUCAGGAUCAGAACAGUCCAACCAAACCCAGAUUAUGGAGCAGUAAGCUCCGCAGGCCUGGGUUCGAAUCCCAGCUCAGGCAGUCGAUCGGUGUGCAGCUCACCCAACUGUUCAUCCUCCCCUUCAUGCUGGUUGAUAAAUGAGUACCUGGGGAAACCUGGGGAAGCAACUUGUACUGAGUUCCUGGAGCGUCAGGGCAGGGAGCUGGGGGCCAAGGUGCAGGUGUUGGAGUGUGUGCCGGGGAGGCCCAUUGUCAUCAUGACUUUGGAGGGCCAGGACCCCGCGCUGCCUUCACUCCUCCUCAACUCUCACACAGAUGUUGUGCCGGUCUUCCCAGAGCACUGGAAACAUGAGCCAUUCAGUGCCCACAAGGACGAGGAAGGGAACAUCUAUGGCCGGGGCACUCAGGACAUGAAGAGUGUGGCCAUGCAGUACUUGGAGGCACUGAAGCAGCUCAAGAAGGAUGGACAAACAUUCCUCAGGACCAUCCAUUUAACUUUUGUGCCAGAUGAGGAAACUGAUGGCAAAGGUACUCAAGCGCUUCUAAAGAUGGAUUACUUCAAGAAGAUGAACGUUGGCUUUGCUCUGGACGAAGGGUACGCCAGCACCUCGGAGAACUUCUUGGUGUUUUACGGUGAAAGGCACUCCUGGUAUGUGUAUGUGAGGUGCAGCGGACAGCCAGGUCACGGGUCACAGUUCCUGCCCAACACCGCGGGGGAGAAGCUCCUCAGGGUGAUCAACUCCUUCCUCUCCUUCCGGGACAAGGAGGAGCGUAGAAUGAAGGACAACCCAGACCUCCCCCUCGGGCAUGUCACCACCCUCAACCUUACCAUGCUGGAGGGAGGUGUCCAGUUCAAUGUGGUGCCUGCGCAGCUGUCCGUGGGAUUUGAUAUUCGCAUUCCGCCAACGGUGGAUGUGGUUGAAUUUGAAAACAUGUUACGGGGUUGGUGCCGAGAUGCAGGAGAGGGCGUGGUCUUGGAGAUUGUAGAUUCGGCCACAGCCACAAACAUGACGUGUGUGGAGGACGGGCAGAGUCCCUGGUGGGAUGCCUUCUCUCAAGCCUGCAAGAAGGAAAAAAUAACCAUCCAUAAGGAAAUUUUUCCAGCCUGUACCGACAGCAGAUUCCUGAGAGAGCUUGGCAUCCCGGCUCUUGGAUUUUCCCCAAUGAACAACACACCGCGUCUCCUGCACGACCACAAUGAAUUCAUCAGUGAGAAGGUCUUCCUGCGGGGCAUCCAGAUUUAUGUAUCCAUCAUCUCUGCUCUUGCCAAUGUCAAGGCUGAGCAGCAUGCGGUCCUGGUGGGCGUUUGAGGGCGACGACAACACCUCUCCACUUGCUGCCCCAGAUGAAGAUGACACUUCCACGUCACACCUUUCGUCUUCACAGGCAGAAUCUAUACCAAGCAUACUGCUAGAUCUCCUGCAGUUCACAUCAAGGAGUGAGAGUAAUCAGGCAGAAGAAAGUCUAUGGAGUUCAUCUCUCAUGAGUUGUCAUGUUGAUUCAAGAUGGUAUUAUUUUGCUUAAUUCUUUACAAUGCAUGCACACUUUGAGUCCUGUUCAGGAGACAAACUUCUAAGAUUUGAAUAGUUUUCAAGUUAAUAAAAUUGUCUUGGAUAGAUAUCAGGGAGAAUAUGAAUAAACUGUUCACAUUAAGAUUUCCAGCUGAAUUUGUCACGGAGUGUUAAAGAUCUUGUCUUUUCUACUGCACUUUAUGUCCCACUGCAGGGAGUCACUACCACUAGUGCCUUAGUAUUUGAGCACAAUAUUAUAUUAUCAGAGAUUUUUGGAACCAACAGUAUCAUGCUAAAAUAACAGCCGAUGCUUUUCAAACCAACCCUUUAUUGUUACUAUGCCAAUACCUUGAAGAGUCUCCAGAGAACUACCAUUCUGUUUAUGGGAUUUAUAAAAUUAAAAAAAAAAAAAAAAAAAAAAAA